AUGAGGCUUGUGGUAAUUGCGCUAGUAGUGUUGAUACUAGCUAGCUCAUGCAUGGCUGGUAGAGAUAAGAAGAGUUUGGUGAGGAAUAUGAAAGAAGAUCCACAGCAAGAGGAAGGGGAUCAGAAGGGAGGAGAAGGAAGUCCUACUUCUGGCUCUGGUUAUGGUUCGGGUUCUGGUUAUGGUUCGGGUUAUGGUUCAGGUUCUGGUUAUGGUUCUGCUCCGGGUUCUGGUUCAGGUUCUGAUUCUGGUUCGGGUUAUGGUUCUGGCUCUGGUUCGGGUUAUGGCUCUGGUUACGGUUCUGGUUCGGGUUAUGGUGAUGGCGGCAGAGGUGGCGGUGGCGGUAGCGGUGGCGGCGAUCAUUAUCACUAUUACCCUCCCAAGGACUCGGCCAAACCUGGUAAUAACCAUGUAAUUCCUGGACCCGGUGGAUCUGACGGACGUAUAGUCGGCGGCCAUAACAUCCUUGACAAGGGCUAUGGCAUGCCUGUCCCUAAACAAGGUCCUUAA